AUGGCGCCAACAAAGCCAGCUGGCCCGUCGAAAGGGUCAAAGAGCAAAUCUUCAAAAUCGAAGUCUACUUCGGCCGGAAAGUCAUCCACAAAUCGAGUAUCUAAAUCGAAGUCCAGCACAAAAUCCGGCGCAAAGCCCAAACCAACAGAGGUCAAAGCGAAGUCACGCUCAGCGCCAGAAAUGCUGAAAAAGAAGAAGAGAAGAGUGUAUACUGAAAAAGAAUUGAAUUUGCCCACGUUGAACAAAAUCACACCUGUUGGUGUGCAAAAACCGCGAGGCAAAAAGAAGGGAAAGGUAUUUGUCGACGAUCAGGAGAGCAUGAUGACCAUUCUCGCCAUCGUGAAUGCAGAAAAAGAAGGACAGAUAGAAUCCAGGAUGAUAAAGGCUCGGCAAAUGGAGGAAAUACGCGAGGCAAGGAAGGCCGAGGCGGAAGCCAGGAAGGAAAAGAAGAAUGCAAAAUUGGAGGAGACGAAAGAUUCACUUCGAAAGUCGCGCCGAUCGAAAGAACCUAAGAACAACAAGCAUGAAGAACAGAAUAACGCGAAAUCUAAGAAAGAGGGAAAAUCUAAAAAAGUUGCUUUUGCCUAA